AGAGGAUCUGACGAACUACUCUCAGGCAGUGUUCUCAGUAGUCCCAACUCUAACAUGAGUGGCAUGGUAGUUACAGGGCUUCCUGUUGCAGCUGUUCCAGGAGCUCUGAGUCCUUUGGCUAUUCCAAAUGCUGCUGCAGCCGCUGCUGCAGCUGCUGCUGGCCGAGUGGGUAUGCCUGGAGUCUCAGCCGGUGGCAAUACAGUCCUGUUGGUUAGCAAUUUAAAUGAAGAGAUGGUUACGCCCCAAAGUCUGUUUACCCUCUUCGGUGUUUAUGGAGAUGUGCAACGCGUGAAGAUUUUGUACAAUAAGAAGGACAGUGCUCUCAUACAGAUGGCCGAUGGGAACCAGUCACAACUUGCCAUGAAUCAUCUUAAUGGUCAGAAAAUGUAUGGAAAGAUUAUUCGUGUGACUCUCUCUAAACAUCAGACCGUACAACUACCUCGAGAGGGUCUGGAUGAUCAAGGGCUCACUAAAGAUUUUGGGAAUUCCCCAUUGCAUCGUUUUAAGAAACCUGGAUCCAAAAAUUUUCAAAACAUUUUUCCUCCUUCUGCAACCCUUCACCUGUCUAACAUCCCUCCUUCAGUAGCAGAAGAGGAUCUCCGAACACUGUUUGCUAACACUGGGGGCACUGUGAAAGCAUUUAAGUUUUUUCAAAGAGAUCACAAAAUGGCUCUUCUUCAGAUGGCAACAGUGGAAGAAGCUAUUCAGGCCUUGAUUGACCUUCAUAAUUACAACCUUGGUGAAAACCACCAUCUGAGAGUGUCCUUCUCUAAGUCCACAAUUUAAGAAAGGAAGAUGAAGACGGGGUGAACCACAUUGUUUGCUGUCAUCACCUAUUGACUGUUCAGAAAAGUGGGGACCAGAGUUUGAGGUUUUUUUUCAUGCUGUUAUCAUUCCUUGGUUAUAAAAUGAAAUGGCAUAUGUAAAGGCAGAGUCAUUAACUGCUAUAUUUCAUCUGUUCUAUAGGGAAGCCAUUUUUAUUGUCCGUUUAAAUUUUCAGUUUAAUUUUGCUUUCUUUUUUUCAACUUAGUUGACAUACGUGCCUUAAAAAGGAAACUAGUGUUGCUGUUGUGCAUUUACUAGAAAAAUGGAAUUGGUUGUCUAGGGCACAUUGUUAUAUGGGAAUUAAAAUAUGUUUAGGCAGGGGUGUGUAAAAAGGUUAAGUUUUUGUUUCUCCUGCUUGGAACUUAUUUUGAAUUAUUGGCUUAUCACAUUUCUUUAUUUAAUCAAACAAGAUACUUGAUACUGAAAGAAUAAAGCAGCAUUUUUAGUUUUUACUAUCUUGGGCUUUAUUGCUUUUAAAAAACAUUGGCCUUUUGUAUCUCUCAAUUCUGGUCUAGAUUCAGUUAUGAAUGUAGGCAUUAGUUAAAAUUAACAAGAUGCAGAGUAUUAAUUUCUUAAGACAAGAAGUGACUUCUGUAAGUUUGAACCCUACGUGGAAAGCAUUGUGGAACCUUAACCUUUUUGUACACACUCUUGUGGGAUGUGUCAUAUAAAUGUCAGCACUAAGUAAUGUCUUGUUGUGGCUGAAUAUUUUUCGUAGAUGUUUUUGAAGUUGACAUGACUUACGUGCAUUUAAAUAGAUAUCGCCAUCCUUAGUUUGUAAUUAAGAUCUGGAAUAAUGGUUGUGGAUUUCUGAGCAUGUGCAGACUGGUCUAGCUAGUUCAGGAACUGGUGCAUGUAUUUUUCAAAGACAAAGUGUACUGCGAAAAUUUGCAGGAAGAUUAAUUUUGUGGCAGUUUUCUAAAACUGACAACCAGGUGGGACCAAAGUUUAUGUGCCUUUAGUCUUAAUUUACCUUGCAUUGUAAUAUUCAGUUUUAAUAAAUCUUCAAAAUAUUUUGUAUUUAGGAAUAGAUCUGACUUUAAUAAAACAUGGCUCAGAAUCUACAGGUCAAAUUUAUUUGAACAGUUCUUGUCAACCUGAAUUGUUGAUUCUGUUAAGUGACCAAUACUUUUUGAAAUUGAUGUACUUAGUUUCAAGAUUCGUAGAUUCUGUUAUCUCUGUAGACAGAAUGGUCAUGUAUAUUUUCUAUUAGUUGAGUUUUUACAUCUUUAGAAAUGUAAAAUUCAGUAUAGUUUGAAAGCGGCACAAUUAAAAAUUAAUUUUCUAACAAAGUUGGGAGGUUUGAUGGUUGUUUAAUUUCAUUUUGUGUGUACUCUGCUUACCUCUGUAGCAUGCUCAAUAAACACUUCUGUAGCUCUGUACUCACCUUUUCUGUCUUUCUCUGCUGCCUUUCUCUCUCCUCCUCUUUGUUUUCACUCCACUGUGCUUCUGAAUUCAUGUUUACUCUCUGCCAGGGUGGGAAAAGAGUAAUAAUAUUACAAUUCUAUGGCUUUAUACCAUAAAUAAACCUAGAUGCUGUGAAAAUA